AUGAUUCUCAAUUUCCCUCUUACAGGAAAUAUGGAAGAUUGGGAGAAUGCGACCACAGUGACUGAGAUUGUGCUCAUGGGCCUCUCCACACAGCCCCAUGUGCGUGCUGCCUUGUUCGUCCUCUUCUUAGUCAUAUAUGCCGUCACCGUAACUGCAAAUGGUCUCAUUGUGGUGUUGAUCGUGGUAGAUUCUCAUCUCCAUACUCCCAUGUAUUUCUUCCUCAGCAACCUCUCCUUCAUUGACAUCUGCUAUGGCACCAACGCUGUCCCACAGACGCUGGCGCAUUGCUUCACAGACAGGCCCACUAUCCCCCUGGGCAGGUGUUUUGCACAAAUGUUCAUCACUCUAUUUUUGGGAGUGGCUGACUGCCUCGUACUGGCUGUCAUGGCUUAUGACCGCUUUGUGGCAAUAUGCAGCCCUCUACACUAUAGCUUAAUUGUGAAUUGGAAGGUGUGCAUAAUCCUGGUGGUCAGCCUUUGGGUCAGCUCUUUCCUCUUUACCAUUGCUCCCUUUUUUAUUAUGCCAGUCCGCUUGUGUGACCGCAAUAUGUUGAAUCAUUUUGCAUGUGAGGCCCAGGCAAUGUUGAAAUUGGCCUGCUCUGACAUUCGAGCCACUGGCCUUAAUAUGCUGAUAACGAGUGUUUUCACUCUUCUGUUGCCCUUUGUUUUCAUCCUUGUGGCAUACGGGCGUAUUGGUCUGGCUAUUCUGCGCAUCCGCUCUGCCCAAGGACGGGGGAAAGCUUUAUCCACCUGUGGCUCACAUUUGGCUGUGGUAGGCCUUGGCCAUGUACCUCAAGCCUCAAGCCUCAAACCCAAACCUCAAGCCUCAAACCCAAACUUUCACAGAUAG